AUGAUGCAAAUCUCUCGUAAACGAAGAGAUUCGCUGGGAGGUGCUGGCUCUGAUUUGAUGGUGGUUCUUGACCGAACAUCAUCAUUCAGCAACGGUGCUAAUCAGCAUAAUAGUUUUCUUCAACAACGGCAUGAACAACAGCAACAGACACAUCGGUGUGCCAACACUAACGGCAUGGAUAAGGAAAAUAAGGAAAACUCUUCAAAUAAUAAUAAUAUGAUGAUGAUUGAUAGAAGGGAUCAAGUGGAUAUUAGUAUGAUUUCAGUGCGGACUGAUGAGGAUAGCCACACCAUGAACAUUACGGAAACAACAUGCAUUGAGGGAGCCAAUAUUGAAAAUGACAGCCCCUCGACAGAUCAUGACGAAGAUUAUGAUAGAGACAGUGUGUUGAUGUUGGACAGUGAUGAAGAGGCAUAUAACAAUGAUGAUUCUGACCUCAUGCAACAUAAUAAGGUAAAAAUAUUUCCGUUCCUUGUCGACGACACGGUAUCAUCACCCUCAAAAAAGAAACAUAAGAAGAAAUCAAAAUCAUCAUCAUCGCAACAACAACAGCAGCAGGAACAUUUUCAUGGUCGAGAUGAUCCAUCGAGUAGAAUAAUUUCAAAGCAGCUGGAAAAAUCCUCUCGCAUCAAGCCACGAGUUGAACUUGGAAGAAUUAGCCCCUCUCCUUUUAGCGUCGUAAGCUCUCCUCCUCCCAUUCUUCGAAAAAGUCCAGUCCCUCCAAUUGACACCUUUCACAACAGCUCUUUUAUGAACAAAAAAACGAAUCAAGAAUCAAAAUCCAAUCUAUUGUCAAGUUUGGAGAAGGCUCUUUUUGUCAAGCUACCUCAACAAAGUCCACUGAUACAGCAUCAACAUAGUCUCUCAACAACCAUCAAAACCAAUGAAAGUCCCCUUAAACAGAGACCACUUUCAAUGAAACUAGGUAGAAGCUCAUCGUCGAACAAGACAAAAUCUGACACUUCCAAGAGACCUCAAUCUUCCUCCUCCUCAAUCUCUCAAAAACAUGUAAAUAUUUUGAGUCAUCCAAAAGAACCACUACCUGAGGAUUACGUGGGUUCUACAAUGUGCUCUGUGAGCUCCAAAAUACAAGCCAAACACAAGGAACAUUUCACACUCUCCACUAAUCCAAUUUUGAUUGUAGCCAACCGAAGUCACUAUCAAGAAAAAGUUAAAGGAACAUCCCUAAAUCACCAAAAACCCUCCUCUGAGAAACAGCAACUUCCUCCCACAGUAAGAAAUAUCAUCCGUGAAUCGUCGACACCAUCUUCUCAUUCUCUCUCUUCCUCACUUCACGUUCCUCAACCACCAAAGAAAAAACGUUUGAGUCCUGCAGAUUUAGGUUUUUCGUAUGACAAGAGUGUAGAUUUGGAUCGAGAGUUACCUGCCUCAUGCUCCUUAAAUACUAAAAAAGUAAUCAUGCAAACUCUCAUCAAUUCAUGGAUUGGUAUAGGUUCUCCACUUACAGAUGACUUACGAAAACCAUUGAAUGCUAAACCCAGUAAGAUUAUUUCCACCAACACAGAAGAACGUAGGAAAGAAAUUCUCAAACUGAUGUACAAGGAUCGACAAGCGAGUGUUCAAGCAAAGCUAAGUAGUAAGAGCAAGGACAAGAACAAGUUGUCUUGA